UUUCAUUGUUCGCAUAUACACCGUUCACCUGUGACUUGUGCCCCCCUUUUUAUACGGUACCAUCGUUGAUAACCCAGAAGACGCGGUUUUAAUAAAAAUCCUUCGCGCGACAUUCGGUACUUUGGACGCGGUUCUUCGCGGUGUUACGUGAGAUGGACCCCGUCAAUUUCAUCUAUAUCGUUCGGUUUUCGCGCUCUUAUCACAAUUAGACUUUAUUUAAUUUUUUUUAUUCAAAAAUCGUUUUGGUGUGUGCGCAUGUGUGUUUUUAAAGCGAUUUUUUUAAGGAAUAUGCGGCGACUUCGACUGAUUGUGUUGAUGAUAUGGAUAAACUACAUCGUAGGACACACCUCCAUGAGCUGUACACCAGAAUACGGCCCGAAUCCAGUAUGUCGCUACCUCCCGGCCCCACCGGGGAAGACGCCCCGUUGUGCCAGACCUGGAUACACGUAUUGCGAGUUUCCUGACCAUUAUCCAACCGAAAGGAUUUAUUUGCUCAUCCAGAAAUGGCAAUUUAACCACCAAAGUCUCAUAAUCAACGAAGCCAAAGAUGAUUUUAACGCGAUGUUCUUUACGCCUCCGAAUACUUUAUAUGGACCUCCAAGCACUGAUGGCUACCAUUAUCCACAGCCUAUUUAUAUCCCUAAGCCUGAACAAGUGUUUUCUGAACAAGGAGGUUUGUACUUGCCCCCCAAGCCAGCCACACAGAAUUUCACUGCCUGGAACGUUGGAGGUUAUCCAAGCUAUAAUCCAAGAGAUGGAGAAUUCUUAACAUAUAAAUAUACGAGCAAUAUUCCUGCCGGCAGUACCCACUUCAAUCCACCCUCCACCUAUUAUAUAAAUGAUAUAUGGAAAAGGAACGAAAGGCUAAGGAGAUCGUUACGCAAAAAACGUUCAACGUAUACGUUGUCCAAUAACGGGACGUCAACCGCCGAUGUUCUUAUCAGGACAAAAAGACAGUCUCCUAUCAGAGGACGACCCUUAUGCAGGAGUAGGUCCAAUUUUAUCAUGCCUAAGGCGGCCCUUAACAGUAAGGGCAACUGGGUCUAUAUUGUGAACACCCCAGAGACGAACCAGAAGUAUACGCAGCUGGUGAAAAGCGAGAUGUGUAUUGAUUCUAACUGUGGGGGUCUAUGCCAACUGCCCCAGGGCUACACGUCGACCUGCGAACAGAAAUACGUCCAGAAAAGACUAAUUGCUCUAGAUGCGAGCGGAAGUGAUCUGUACAGUGACACUUUUUGGUUUCCCAGCUGUUGCGUGUGUACCGUGUCAAAUAAUUAAAAAUCAGUUAUAUGUGUGUGGGUACUCGGACUAUGUAUGUAUGAGUUUUUUUGACUGAUUUUCGUACGUAUUUUUUUCUUAAUUUAGGUAUAUAUUGCAGUACAGGGUGGCUCAGAUUCGAACCUGGACUUUGGUAUGGCAAAAUGACGUUUCGUCUUUUUGCCAUUAAUGAUGAUGGUUUCUACUGGACGAAACGUAUUUCUUUAAUGGAAAAAUAGAAUUCCAAUGAUUUAGGUUGAAAUUGAGCCAUCUUGUAUGAACUGCCAUGUAGCAGGGAGUUCCAUAAAGGCAUGCUAAUAUAUUUUUUUAAGAAUGCUAAAUAUUGUGAUUGUUUUGUUAUUUUAAUAAAUUGUCGAUAAUAAAAUGUCAAAAAAUUA